UCCAGGUCCGCCUGCAGGCCCGGUACGCGGCGCGGGUGUCGGGGCGCCAUGGUGCUGAGCCCGGUGAUCAGGAAGCUGCUGCACAAGCGCGUGGUGCUGGCCAGCGCCUCCCCGCGCCGCCGGGAGAUCCUCAGCCACGCGGGUCUCAGGUUCGAGGUGGUGCCUUCCAGGUUCAAAGAGAAGCUUGAUAAAGCGUCCUUCCCCACGCCUUAUGCCUACGCCAUCGAAACCGCCAAGCAGAAGGCCCUGGAGGUGGCCAGCAGGAUGCACCAGAAGGACCUCCGGGCCCCAGAUGUUGUCAUCGGAGCGGACACCAUUGUGACGGUCGGGGGGCUGAUUCUGGAGAAGCCGGUGGACAAGCAAGAUGCGUACAGGAUGCUCUCCAGGCUGAACGGGAAAGAGCACAGCGUGUUCACGGGCGUCGCCAUUGUCCACUGUUGUACCAAAGACGGCCAGCUGGACACGGAGGUGUCCGAGUUCCACGAGGAGACCACGGUGAAGUUCUCCGAGCUGUCUGAGGAGCUCCUGUGGGAAUACAUCGACAGCGGGGAACCCAUGGACAAGGCCGGUGGCUACGGAAUCCAGGCUCUGGGGGGCAUGCUGGUGGAGUACGUCCACGGAGACUUCCUCAACGUCGUGGGCUUCCCCCUGAACCACUUCUGCAAGAAGCUGGUGGAGCUGUACUACCCGCCCCGCCGAAAGGACGUGCAGCGGGUCAAGCACGACUCCAUCCCACCUGUCGACACCUUCGAGAACCUGAGCGACACGGAGCAGGGCAGCUCAGACCCUGCUCAGGGCAACGAGGGUGGCAGCCACCGAAGGGCAGAGGCGGGCGGUGACAGAGGACAGAUUCCUGCUGGCUCGCAAGGAGCAGACUCCAACGGGACAGUGGGGAUCACACCCCAGUUCCCAGCGGGCCUUCUAGAACUCAUAGACGGCUUCAAAGCAUCAAAGGCCCUGUUCACAGCUUGCAAGCUGAAGGUGUUUGAUGUACUAAAAGAUGAAGCCCCGCUGAAGGCCAUGGAUAUUGCAGGCAAAAUUGAUGCCUCUGUGUGUGGAACUGAACGGCUCCUGGAUGUCUGUGUGGCCCUGGGAUUACUAGAGAAGGCAGACAGAGGUUACUGCAACACGGACCUGGCAGAUCUGCAUCUGGCAUCCGACGGCGAGUAUUCUCUGCACGGCUUGGCCAUGCACAGCAAUGACCACGCCUGGAACCUCUUCACAGACCUGGAGCUCGCCGUGCGGGAGGGAGCCAACGUGGCUUUCGGGAGGAAGGCGGAACACCCCGUUCAGAGCAAGCAGACCAAGCUGCAGUUCAUGCGGGCCAUGCACGGCCUCACCAACCUGACUGCACGCCAGGUGGCCACAGCCUUCGACCUGUCCCGAUUCACCUCCGCCUGCGACCUGGGAGGCUGCACAGGUGCCCUGGCCCGAGCGCUCACCCAGCAGUACCCGCGUCUGAAGGUGACUGUGGUUGACCUCCCGGAGGUCAUCGAGCACGUCCCGUGUUUUCAACCUGAAGGACGGCAGACAGAGCGUAUCAGCUUCGUGCCAGGUGACUUUUUCAAGGACGACCUCCCGGAGGCAGAACUGUACCUCCUUUCCAGAAUUCUGCACGAGUGGCCGGACGACAAAGUGCACGAGUUGCUGAGCCGCGUCUCAGGCAGCUGCAAGCCAGGCGGUGGCAUCUUGGUGGCCGAGACAGUCCUGGAGGAGAAUCGAGCAGCGCGGGGCAGCCUGCCCGCGUCCUUGAACCUGCUGGUGCGGACCCAGGGGCGGGAGCGCAGCCUGCCCGAGUACCGCAGGCUGCUGGAGCAGCAUGGCUUCUGGGACGUCCGGCUGGCGCACGCGGGAGACAGGCUGGACGUGGUCCUGGGCACCAGAGCCUCGCCACCCUGAGGCCCCCGGCAUUACACGCUGCUCUCCCCGGAGGCCCACGGGGGUCCCCGUCCCCACUGUUGGCCGCCAGGUACAACGAUGACCGACAGCUCACCAACCGUGUAACCUAACAGAUUAAAGCAGCAAAAUGCACUUGCUCCAAGCUCAUUUGUGGGUUCCGAGAUGGGGCAGGCCGUGCCCGGAGGGGGUCAGCGCCGGCCAGGGCUCGCCCGGGGUCCCGCCUGCGUGGCCGGAGCCCGUCCGCCUUUGGAAAGGCGGCGCGGCACCCAGGGGCGCCGGUUGGGCGGGAGCCUGGGGCCUGCCCGGCUCUCUCCAGCAGGUGUCAGCGUUCCGCGCUGCCCCGGCCCCACCUG